CGCGUGUGAGCUCAUCCGAGAAGUCAGGCUCUGCACACAUAUUAUUUAUAGCAGAUCUGAGGCGUGCACAGUGUUUGACAUUUUCUUUUUUUUAAGUAGGGGGACUUCAAAAAGUCGUGGGCACUGCCCUCACAUCUUCCCCACCCCCUGCCCUGGGGACCACGUGCGGUGGGCAGGCACCAGGGCGCGGGCAGGGGGCGAACGCACCAACCACGCGUGUCCAGGCGCAGGUGCCGCGGCGUCGGCUCAGGAGGAGAGUUCGCGGCUGAUCUCGGGAUGCCUUGCAGAUGCACAAUGUGUCCCUGGCCAGCAGGAGGAAGGAAGAGGAAGUGAGAGCAGCGGCAGCCGGCGGCGCACAGCCGGCCGACCCGGAGUGUAAGUGCGUGUGCUCCGCCGAGCGCGAGCGGGCGAGGAUGGGCGCAGGGUAGAGGCAGACCACCCACACCGCCCCGGCCCGAGCAGGGCCACAGAGCCGUCCGUCCGCCUUCAAUGGUCCCGGGUCGCCAGAGCUCUGUUCUUGGGGAACCUUCGCCGCCACAGCUGCUGUCCGGCGACCCUGGGCAGUCUCAAAGAGGUUGCUGUGGCACCGGACAUCAUGCUCUCACAAGCCCAGUAGGAAAAAAGGAGGAAGGGGAAACACCAUCAGCUCAUCUCUCACUUCACCUCUUUCAUCAGAAAAGCAACCUAUAGCGGACUUCCUCGGAUGUCUUUUUGGCCUCUGUUGGGUCAGAUAGUCAUUCUGUUGGACCAGGCCUCGCUCACUCAUCCGAGGCACUGUUGCAGGAGGGAUAGACACGUGUGGCCGUCUGCGCUGCAGGAGCCCAGGUGCACCGGCUGUGGACACUCUCCGGGUUCACAAUGCCACCACCCGCGGACAUCGUCAAGGUGGCCAUAGAAUGGCCGGGCGCCUACCCCAAGCUCAUGGAAAUCGACCAGAAAAAACCGCUGUCUGCAAUAAUAAAGGAAGUCUGUGACGGGUGGUCCCUUGCCAACCACGAGUACUACGCCCUGCAGCAUGCCGACAGUUCCAACUUCUACAUCACCGAAAAGAAUCGCAAUGAAAUAAAAAAUGGCACUAUCCUUCGAUUAACUACAUCUCCGGCCCAGAACGCCCAGCAGCUCCACGAACGCAUCCAGUCGUCCAGUAUGGACUCCAAGCUGGAAGCCCUGAAGGACUUGGCCAGCCUGUCCCGCGACGUCACCUUCGCCCAGGAGUUCAUCAACCUGGACGGCAUCUUCCUCCUCACGCAGAUGGUGGAGAGCGGCACUGAACGAUACCAGAAGUUGCAGAAGAUCAUGAAGCCUUGCUUUGGAGACAUGCUGUCCUUCACCCUGACGGCCUUUGUGGAGCUGAUGGACCACGGCAUAGUGUCCUGGGAUACAUUUUCAGUGGCGUUCAUUAAGAAGAUAGCAAGUUUUGUGAACAAGUCAGGCAUGGACACCUCCAUUCUGCAGCGGUCCCUGGCCAUUUUGGAGUCCAUGGUGCUCAACAGCCACGACCUCUACCAGAAGGUGGCCCAGGAGAUCACCAUCGGCCAGCUCAUCCCACACCUGCAAGGCACAGAUCAAGAAAUUCAAACCUACACCAUUGCAGUGAUCAAUGCGCUCUUCCUGAAGGCCCCCGAUGAGAGGAGGCAGGAGAUGGCGAAUAUUCUGGCUCAGAAGCAGCUGCGGUCCAUCAUUCUCACGCAUGUCAUCCGAGCUCAGCGGGCCAUCAACAAUGAGAUGGCACAUCAGCUCUACGUGCUCCAGGUGCUCACCUUUAACCUCCUGGAGGACAGGAUGAUGACCAAGAUGGACCCCCAGGACCAGGCCCAGAGGGACAUCAUAUUUGAACUUCGAAGAAUUGCUUUUGAUGCCGAGCCUGAACCGAACGCCAGCAGCGGCAGCAUGGAGAAGCGCAAGUCCAUGUACACCCGGGACUAUAAGAAACUUGGCUUCAUAAAUCACGUGAACCCGGCCAUGGACUUCACCCAGACCCCGCCUGGCAUGCUAGCCCUGGACAACAUGCUGUACUUCGCCAAGCAACACCAGGAUGCCUACAUCCGGAUUGUGCUUGAGAACAGCAGCCGGGAGGACAAGCACGAGUGCCCCUUUGGCCGCAGCAGCAUAGAGCUGACCAAGAUGCUGUGCGAGACCCUGAGAGUGGGCGAGCUGCCCAGUGAGACCUGCAACGACUUCCACCCGAUGUUCUUUACCCACGACAGAUCCUUUGAGGAGUUUUUCUGCAUCUGUAUCCAGCUCCUGAACAAGACAUGGAAGGAGAUGAGGGCGACUUCUGAAGACUUCAACAAGGUAAUGCAGGUGGUGAAGGAGCAGGUUAUGAGAGCUCUUACAACCAAGCCUAGCUCCCUGGACCAGUUCAAGAGCAAACUGCAGAACCUGAGCUACACCGAGAUCCUGAAAAUCCGCCAGUCUGAGAGGAUGAACCAGGAGGAUUUCCAGUCUCGCCCAAUUUUGGAGCUCAAGGAAAAGAUUCAGCCAGAAAUCUUGGAGCUGAUCAAACAGCAACGCCUGAACCGCCUCGUGGAAGGGACCUGCUUUAGGAAACUCAACUCUCGGCGAAGGCAAGACAAGUUUUGGUAUUGCCGGCUUUCACCAAACCACAAGGUCCUGCAUUAUGGAGACUUGGAAGAAAGUCCUCAGGGAGAAGUGCCCCAUGAUUCCUUGCAGGACAAAUUGCCGGUGGCAGACAUCAAAGCAGUGGUGACGGGAAAGGACUGUCCUCACAUGAAAGAGAAAGGUGCCCUUAAACAAAACAAGGAGGUGCUUGAACUGGCUUUCUCCAUCUUGUAUGACUCAAACUGCCAACUGAACUUCAUUGCUCCUGACAAGCAUGAGUACUGUAUCUGGACGGACGGGUUGAACGCGCUGCUGGGGAAGGACAUGCUGAGUGAGCUGACUCGGAAUGACUUGGACACCCUGCUCAGCAUGGAGAUCAAGCUCCGCCUCCUGGACCUGGAGAACAUUCAGAUCCCCGACGCCCCCCCGCCCAUCCCCAAGGAGCCCAGCAACUAUGACUUCGUCUAUGACUGUAACUGAAGUGGCCGGCCCCAAAGCCACCCCUCCAAAACUGGGAAACCCAGCUAGCAGGAGAGGAGAAGGGAAACACGCCAGCGCCUUGGAAUCCUCUUGUGAAGGGAAGCUGUGUGUCAACACUUCCUGGGGCCUCGCCUCUAGUCCCGCCACUUUUCUGCCCCUACCUGACAUCUGGCUCACCGCCCUGAUUCUGUUCCUAGAUGCCACUGCUUUAGGUUACUUCCCAUUGCUGCAGUCUACUGGUGGGACAAGAGCAAAACCCACCACCGUCCAGAGAGCCAAAGGGCCCUCCCGUCCUGCUCCCCCGCUGGUAUGUCCUCCCCUCCUGGCGUGUAAAAGCCAGCAGUGCCAGGCUGCCCCCAACCAGCUGCCAGACCGAGGGAGAGCCCCAAGCACAGCUGGUGUCUGGAAGAAACAGCCUAACUACUUGAGAAGAAGAAACACCACCUCCUCAUUCCCCUUCUCCCUACAGUCAGCUCACACCACCAGUUCCAUGUGAACUGAAAUCUGCUUUCAAAUCCACUCCCUCUUCCCUUCUGGCCUCAGCCCUGCCCUGUUCCUUUCUGGUCCCAAAAGCAGCAGUCGCUGCCUUGUCCUAGUUCUUGCCAGCCUUGGGUCCCCAGACACGCUCCACAGGUCCCAUGCCCACUUCAUGUCUGCACUGUGACCCUGGCCAGCCUCCUUUCCUCACCAGCCAGUCUUGGGUUUCCUCCCCCCGCCCCAACCUGCACCUGCCUUCCUCAUGCUCACACACCCUCCCAGCCCCUUAGCUGAAAGCACAAAAGGUAAACUCAGUCAUCAUGCUCCAUCUCUAAUAUAAUAUCCAAAACCUACCUGCCUCUGCGACAGGCAGCUGCGAGCUAAGGGUCCGGUGUUACCUUCUCCUGGGUGGGGGCAGGGGGCACUUCUGCUGCAACACAGGUCCCACAGGAUGGUCAAGGUGUGAAACGUCCAAGUUUACAUCAUUGUAAUUAUUACAGGUGUUGACAGUUUGCAAGGGUUUGGGGUUGGUUGAUCGUUUGGUUUGGUUUUUUUGCUUUGUUUUUGUACAAAAGAGUCUAACAUUUUUUUGCCAAACAGAUAUAUAUUUAAUGAAAAGAAGAGAUACAUAAAUGUGUGUACUUUCCAGUUUUUUUAAUUAUUUUAAUCCUAAACAUCUUCCUGAGAAUAACAUUCCCUUAAACAUGCUGUGGAAUAAAGUUAAUUGUGAUGAG